AUGGGUGUAAUUGCUGCCAUGAGAGAUGGUUUUGGUUUCAUCAAGUGUGUGGAUCGUGAUGCUCGUAUGUUCUUCCACUUCAGGGAAAUUCUGGAUGGGAACCAGCUUCAUAUUGCAGAUGAAGUAGAGUUUACUGUGGCUCCUGAUAUGCUCUCUGCCCAAAGAAAUCAUGCUAUUAGUAUUAAAAAACUUCCCAAGGGCACGGUUUCGUUCCACUCCCAUUCAGAUCAUCGUUUUCUGGGCACUGUAGAAAAAGAGGCCACUUUUUCGAAUCCUAAAACCACUAGCCCAAAUAAAGGCAAAGGAAAGGAAGCUGAGGAUGGCAUUAUUGCUUAUGAUGAUUGUGGAGUGAAAUUGACUAUUGCUUUUCAAGCCAAGAAUGUGGAAGGAUCUACUUCUCCUCAAAUAGGAGACAAGGUUGAAUUUAGUAUUAGUGACAAACAGAGGCCUGGACAGCAGAUUGCAACUUGUGUGCGACUCUUAGGUCGUAAUUCGAACUCCAAGACGCUCUUGGGUUAUGUGGCAACUUUGAAGGAUAAUUUUGGAUUUAUUGAAACAGCCAAUCAUGAUAAGGAAAUCUUUUUCCAUUACAGUGAGUUCUCUGGUGAUGUUGAUAGCCUGGAACUGGGGGACAUGGUCGAGUACAGCUUGUUCAAAGGAAAAGGCAACAAAGUCAGUGCAGAAAAAGUGAACAAAACACACUCAGUGAAUGGCAUUACUGAGGAAGCUGCUCCCGCCAUCUACUCUGGUAAAGUCAUUCGCCCCUUGAGGAGUGUUGAUUCAACACAGACUGAGUACCAAGGAAUGAUUGAGAUCGUGGACGAAGGGGAUAUGAAAGGUGAGGUCUAUCCAUUUGGCAUAGUUGGGAUGGCCAACAAAGGGGACUGCCUACAGAAAGGGGAGAGCGUCAAGUUCCAGUUGUGUGUUCUGGGCCAGAAUGCACAGACUAUGGCCUACAACAUCACACCCCUGUGCAGGGCUACAGUGGAGUGUGUGAAAGAUCAGUUUGGCUUCAUUAGCUAUGAAGUAGAAGAUAGCAAGAAGCUCUUUUUCCAUGUGAAAGAAGUUCAGGAUGGCAUUGAGCUACAGGCAGGAGAUGAGGUGGCAUUCUCAGUGAUUCUUAAUCAGCGCACUGGCAAGUGCAGUGCUUGUAAUGUUUGGCGAGUCUGCGAGGGCCCCAAGGCUGUUGCAGCUCCACGACCUGAUAGGUUGAUCAGUCACUUGAAGAAUAUCACCCUGGAUGACGCCAGUGCUCCUCACCUGAUGGUUCUUCAUAAGCCAAGUGGACCAGAUAACUCAAUGGGAUUUGGUGCAGAAAGAAAGAUCCAUCAAGCUGGUGUCAUUGACUAA